AUGUGGUGGAGCCUGGCUCAGCUCUGGGCCCUGAUCCUGUCUUUGUGCUCGCUGGCUUUAACACCAGUCCAGGCCACGGCGUGCAGGGAGCUCCAGGCAUUGCCUUCCCACAGAAGAAGCAGCAGAGAUGUUAAUUCUCCAGCUCCUGUCGACUGUCAGCUGAGCCACUGGUCAGGAUGGACUGAUUGCUUCCCUUGCCAAGAGAAAAAACACCGCUACCGGCGCCUGCUGCAGCCAGCGCAGUUUGGAGGGCGACGCUGCGCGGGGCAACUCUGGGACGAGCAGGCCUGUGGAGCUGGGACAACGUGCACAGGGCCACCAGGGUGUGGGCAGGACUUCCAGUGCAAGGAGACAGGGCGCUGCAUUAAACGGCAUCUCGUGUGCAACAGAGACAGAGACUGCAGAGAUGGCUCUGAUGAGGAUAACUGCGAGGAUGAAGAUAUUGAAAGCCCUUGUGAACAUCUGUUCCCAAUCCCAGGGGUGGAAAAAGCAGUCCAAGGGUACAACAUCCUGACGCAGGAAUGGAGGCAGAACAUCUACGACCCGGGGUAUUUCGGGGGGCUCUGUGAGUACGUGUACAACGGGGAGUGGCGGGAGCUGCGCUACGACGCCGCCUGCGAGCGCCUGCACUACGGCGACGACGAGAAGUAUUUCCGCAAGCCUUACAACUUCCACCUCUACCAGUUCCUGGCUCAUGCUGAUUCUGGAUUUUCUCUUGAGUUUUACGACGAUUCAAAGGACUUGCUUGAUGCCCUUAAAAGCGAUAAAUCCAAAACAACAGGCUUCACCAUUGGAAUUGGGCCUGGAAGUGGAGAUAUCAUGUUAAACCUGGGCCUCACUUUAUCAGGUGGCAAAGGAUCCCUGAAGAAUUUCACACAAUACGAUGCAAAGGAGGUUGGGUUCAUCAGAGCUGUGACCAAGGUGCAGACAGCCCGCUUCAAGAUGAGGAGGGACAACAUUGUUUUGGAUGAGGAUGUGCUGCUGUCCCUGCAGGACCUCCCAGACACCUACGACUACGGCAUGUAUUCCAAAUUCAUCAACGACUACGGCACCCACUUCAUGACAUCUGGCACCAUGGGGGGUGUCUUUGAGUACAUCCUCGUCGUCAACAAGGAGGAAAUGAGAAGGAAAGCCAUCAGCACCGAGGAGAUCAGUGCCUGUGUUGGGCUGUCCCUUGGCAUCACAGUCAGCAAGGAGAUGCUGGGCCUGGCUGCAACUCUGACACACACUGAGUGCGAGAGCAAAGGACUCCGGCAAACUGAUGCUAAGAGCCACGGUGCAGUUGUGGAAGAUAUUAUUCCCCGGGUUAGAGGGGGAGAUACCAGCUCCAGCGUGGGGCUCCUGAACAGCUGGGAUGGCAACAUGUACCGUCACUGGGGCAGGUCAUUAAAAUAUAAUCCUGCUGUUAUUGAUUUCCAGCUGCAGCCCAUCCAUGAAAUCCUCGGCAGGAGCGGCCUGGGCCGGGUGGAGAGCAAGCGGCAGCACCUGAGGAGGGCUCUGGAGGAGUUCCUGCAGGAGUUCAGCCCCUGCCGCUGCGGGCAGUGCCACAACAACGGGGAGCCCGUCCUGGUGGGCGACUCCUGCUCCUGCCAGUGCCGCCCCGGCUACAGCGGCCCUGCCUGCCAGCAGGGCGAGCGCCCAGGCGGGGGGACGGACGGGCGCUGGAGCUGCUGGUCGGGCUGGUCGCCGUGCCAGGCCGGCGCGGCGCGGCGCAGCCGGCACUGCUCCAACCCCGCCCCGCAGCGCGGCGGGCAGCCCUGCACGGGCAGGGACCUGCAGAGCAGAGCCUGCUGA